AUGGGUGAUGAUUCUCCAGCUCAGAUCCUUAUGAAAAAGGGUAGAAGAGGUGCAGCAGCACAUGUUCAUGCAGACUGUGCUAAUAAUACAUCUCCUGGAGUUUUAGGAGAAAUAUUAGACAUAUUGUUGAAUCCAGGGAAAGCUAUUGAUGAAUGGGGGACUUUGGAUUGGAUCAAAUGGCUUAUGGCAGGAGGAAGAACACCUGACGAAUUCUCUUCAAUUGUGCGCAGAUAUGACAAUGCGACGACCUGCGGGCUUGUGUGGACAGCCAACUUUGUGGCGUAUCGAUGUCGCACAUGUGGGAUCUCACCCUGCAUGUCACUGUGUGCCGAAUGCUUCCAGAAGGGUGACCAUGACGGACAUGACUUCAACAUGUUCCGCAGCCAGGCUGGUGGUGCCUGCGACUGCGGAGAUACUUCUGUCAUGAAAGAGACAGGGUUUUGUGAUAGACAUGGGCCUCGAGCCCAGGUCAACAAGCCCUCGGUGCCUUCUGACCUCAUGUGCACUGCAGAGGCAAUCAUGCCGAGAGUUAUCCUGCGUCUAAUUCAACACUUGCGCGAGAACAGCAAGUCUGGUCUGCCAGACGUUCACAUAGUGGCCAUUAUGGAGGCAGACAGCUUUCUGACCAUGCUGCACGAGAUGAGUGCGAUGGGAGCGGCCAUGAGAAGAGUCAUGACUUCAGCUCUCACCAACCCACAGCUGUACAAGCACCUGACUGAGUGUUGUGAGAAUACCUACAUGACCGAGAGCCAGAGGAUAUACCAGGAGGCUCUCCGUUCUCUGCCCAACCCAGAACCUCAGCCUCAGUACAGAGACUGCCCUGCCUUACAACAAGUCUUGGUACACAAGACGUUUCUGGAGGAGUUAGUCUUUUGGACAGUUAAAUUUGAGUUUCCUCAAAAAGUUGUAUGUCUACUGCUCAACAUGCUGCCAGAUCCAGAUUACAAGGAAGCGUUGACACAGGCAUUUGUGCUUCACUACAGUCGGAUCUCAAUGAUGCUGGAGCGGUCGACGGAUCCUGAUACACUCAGCAAUCGCGUGGUUCACGUCAGCGUUCAACUGUUCAGCAAUGAGGCGUUGGCACUGCGCAUGGUAGACAGGCUGAACCUGCUGCACGUUAUGGUGUCAAGCCUAAAGUACAUGAUGAGCAAGAUCCUCAUCCCAAACACUUUGCACUGUCCAGACAAGAACUUCCACUUUGUUGUGGACUGUGGACUGCAGGUCAUGAAGGAACAUUGCUACUGGCCUCUGGUGUCCGACCUCAACAACGUACUAUCACAUCGACCUGUUGCCGUCAAGUUCAUGAGUGACGAUACGCUGCUGGAAAUGUGGUUCGACUUCCUCUCCAUGUUUCAAGGCAUGAACGUGAACCAGCGGGAACUCGUUCAACACGUGGAGUUUGAGCCAAACACAUACUACGCAGCAUUCUCGGCGGAACUGGAGGCCAGUGCAUACCCGAUGUGGGCGCUGCUUAGUCACCUGCGUGACACUACCACGCUCGACCUGACCAAGCGUGUUCUGGCAAGUUGUCUCACGGCCUUACGCGAGUGGCUCGAAGCCAUCAACAUGACCUCUCCCAACAUCAGGGACAGUGAUCAAGUGUCCUUUCAUCUACCACUGCACCGGUACCUUUCAGUGUUCAUGUGCCAGGCCAUCAACGUACAGGGAGAGAGCCUCCAGGAAGUGCUGCCUCCACAGGACAUGCUUCAUCUCAUCAUGAUGCACCCACUCAGAGUACAGGCAGCAUUCUACGAGAUUCUGAAUGGCCUAUGGGUGCGCAAUGGGCUCCAGAUCAAGGGCCAGGCGAUGACAUACAUCCAGUGCAACUUCUGCAACUCCAUGGUGGAUGCAGAUAUGUACCUACUGCAAAUUUGUGCUACGCAGAUUCCCGCAGACACCUACAUGCAGACUGUGAUUGACAAGUUCCACAUCAAGGAGUGGCUCAGUCUAGUGUCCAACCCUCUAGCGGACAAGCAGAACAACGAUACGGAACCUGAGACUCCCAUGCUGGAGAGUUGUUUCACGUUCCUCGCUUCAUUGAUCAGUUUACGUACCAACCUGGGAGCAAAGCAGUGUGCUCUCUCACAGCUGGAGAUGGUCACCUUGCUCUGCAUGUGUGACAAGACACACAGUCAGCUGAUGGAACUGAUGCCUGAACGCUGCGGCACUGCGCAGAGCCGAGAUUUUGAAUCCGUUCUCACCGAGGUGGCAGACUACAAGGCACCAAACCUGGAGGCCAGUGGGAACAUGCAGCAAGGCAUGUAUGUGCCCAAGCCGAAGGUGUGGGAGGAGCUGUAUGACCCCAUCCAUGUGCUGCUACGUGCAGUCCAUCGUAGGGACUUCCAGAACUCCAUGGACAGAUUUACCGAAUAUGCCCAGCAGGUGGGAAGGAUACGCAGUGGAGGAGUGGCCUGGCCUCCAUUCCGCCCUCCAGGACCUGUACAUACUGCGUACCAGGACCCACGCAAGGUCCUGCGCACGCGUGUGUUCCAUGCCUUGGUGUGGCUGGUGCUGUACAAGUCUGUGGUGGAGCACACAGUCAGCGAACACGUCAUGGCAGUUCUCAUAUACUUGUUAGAGCAGGCCAUAGCGACAACCGACCCACAUGACCAGCCAGACCAGAUGUGCGCGACUUCAAGCGCGGAGUCAAGGCAAGUGAGGGAUACAGACCUAGCAGGAUGGUACGAGACAGACUGGCUCUCGGCUAACCUGCGUACACCUAUACAGUCCAUCACAUUGCCAGAACAAGUCUACGUCUGUGAUAGUGAUAGUGACACGGAGUGGGUGCAGGUACACAGGAGGUUGAGGAUGACCGGUGCUCCACCCCUGGCACUGCCGAUACCGGACGGUACCAUGCCGGCUCUGCCCCCAGUCCCGGCACUGCCGGCAGAGACGGGUGUCGAACCCUUCUCCCUGGCACUCGUCACACGCAACAACCAACCCGCUAUCAGUGACAGUGAACCUAUGGAAGCCCUGCCGCCGUCCACACAGCCGCUCGCAGUGAUGGCCGGUACAGAGAUGGUGGCUGCCAGCAGCUUCUCUACAGCUGCCAGUAGUGGCCGUGCUGCCACCAGCAAACACCACCACCAGCAGAUGGCACUGCCCGGCCCCAGCUCCAGUACCAGUGUGGAAGUUGCAAAGCGGAGGAACCAUUCAGACACUUCGAGCCAGAGCCAGUACAGUGUCGAGUUGCCUAGUCCGGACUGUUGUGUUGAAGCUAACGAGAGCAUCAUCUCACUGCUGCUCAAGCUCCACUCCCACCUUUCCGGAACUCCUGAUUCCUUCAGUCCUGACGAUCCGGAAAGUGAGACCGACCGGACCUCACGUAUCGGUGACGGACCAUUCUUUGUUGGCAAAGUUCUCCGCCGGAUAAUGGAAAUUGACUCCUUCUGCAGGGAGAGUGUGGUGGAGACAAGAGAACGGCUGUGGCCGCGGCAGCCUGAGGAGGGAGAAACAGAACGUAGAGAAAGGGAAGAACGGGAGCGAGCUGAAAGGCGGCGGAAGGCCAAGGAACGACAACAGAAGCUCAUGGAGGAGUUUGCUUCCAAGCAAAAGCAGUUUAUGGAAAAGGCAAUGGAAACUGAUGACGACGGGAUGGACUGGGACGGUGCAGAGCAGCAGGUGCUGACCACCAAGAAGGAGUACGAUUGUGUCAUCUGCAGCCAGACAUCUCCUUCCACAGACGACAAACCGAUGGGUCUAGCCGUCCUGGUCCAGGCCACAAGUGUGUUGGGCCACAAGCGGAGGAGUGCGGAGCCUGCAGUCUUGCCAACAUCAGACGAAGAGAGGCAAGGAUUCCACCGCUUCCUCAGCCUGGCAUCAGACUUUGACAGAAAAAUAGAGGAGUUAGACAGGGAGUUCAAUAAGCUGUCGUGGCUAGUGUCAGUGAAUUUAGGGUGGGAGGGAGGUGUGCAUGUCCAGACUUGCGGCCACCAUCUCCAUCUCGACUGUCUCAAGUCUUACCUUCGCUCCCUGCGGAACCAGCAGCGGCUCUCUUCUGAGAGGGGAGAAUACUCAUGCCCGCUGUGUCGACGGUUGGCUAACUCAGUGCUGCCACUACCGCCACAACUUGGCGAGUGUGCAGCCGUCGUUCGCUCCAGAUCAGUUGGCCUAAACGCAACCAUCAACGAGCUCGUCAAGUUCCUCAAGGAGAAUCCUCCUAUCAAACCCGUGGUGUCCAACCUGAUGGAUGCCAUGGGCAAGUCGAUGGAAGACAUGACCAACUCUACCUACCUCAAGUUUAAGCAGAAGUCUGGCACUAGACUACCACAGACCUUGUUCCUGUUUGUCAGCUCCAUUGCCCGCACAAACCUUGAGGUGGAACUCGUCCAGCGGGAAGGCUCACUCUGCACACCCCAGAGUACAGAGUGUAUACCUAAGCGUUCUUGUAUCAUGCCUCUGCUACACGUGUUGGCAGUCCACGCCCGCCUCUUGGCUCACUGGCCCACCUGGGAGACGUUCCAGCUGCUGGCGGGACAGCCCGAGUGUGCCCCCGCCACCCCCGCUCUGGUCAUCCCAGGCAACCAGGUGCCCUUGCUGCUCUGUGAUCCCUGCGCCCUUCUCACUCAGCUGAUUCUGUUACUGCCGUUACAUCUGGACCAGACGUAUUUUGUGUGCGUGGUAAAGCUGCUGUACAACUUACUGUACCUACAAGUAACGGUGCAGCUAUCCUGCUUGAUGAGCGAGGGGGAGAGACAAAAGUGGCGGACACUGUCACUUCCCUCCUGCGUUCCCGGGCCCGCCCACUGCCCCACCACACUGGAAGAGGCCAUGGCGCUCACCAUUCAUUCGCUGGAUCACACGCAGCUGUACCUCGGUGAUGAAGACUUGGACGCACCAACUCCUGCACUUGACAAACAGGCACUCGAAAACCAGAUACAAGCGCUAUGUUUACCGUUCCUACGUAUUGCUGCCCUGCUGAGACAUCACCUCUAUGAGCAGGAAUUACCCAAGAUACACAGCGAGUCUAGCGAGUUUGUCAUACUCGUUUACUACCUUGAACUCGUCGAAGGAGGUAUGACAUUGGAACAAUUUAAUGCGUCCGUGGCUUUGAGCUGGCCAGAGCCAAAAGGUGGCCAUGUUGUCACCUGGACGCGACAACUCGCUGACUUCAUCAACCGCAGUCCGGUGGCUGCACGCAGCUUCUUGUCGGAGCAACACGUCUUGUGGCACCAACCGAGGCUUCUGACACUGCCGCAGCUCUACGACAGAAUAUUCCAGUACUACCACCGGCGACAGUGUAGUCACUGUCACUCUGUGCCGCGGGAGACAUCCAUCUGUCUGGUCUGUGGUGCUCUGGUCUGCCUCAAGGAGAAUUGCUGCAAGCAACUCAACAUAUGUGAGGCGGUACAACACAGUGUGGACUGUGGUGCCGGUACAGCCAUGUACCUAGUGGUGACCUCCAGCUACGUUAUUGUGAUACGCGGCAAGCGGGCCUGCCUCUGGGGUAGCGUGUACCUCGACAGCUUCGGCGAGGAGGACCGUGAACUCAAGCGGGGCAAGCCUCUCUACCUGAGCCCAGGCAGAUAUCAGCUGUUGCAGCAACAGUGGCUAGGUCAUCACUUCGACCACACGCCCAAGAAGUGGGUGUGGCACCGAGACGCUCUAUAACUGCAUAGCCAUUCACAUCAUUUUAUAUUUAGGAUCCAUUUUUUAUAUAUUUUUUGUAACAAUUAUUAAAGCUCUAAAAUUCACUUUUUCCAUCUCUUCUAUAGAUUCUGAUUCAAUAGUGAAAUAUAAUUGUUUGUAAAAUUUUCUAAGCUAUAUUAUGAUUGUUGAAUACUUAUUUCUAUUUUUUCAGUUUUUAUUUAGAUUUUUAUUUAUUUGUUUUUAACGAAUAUUACAGUUUAUACUUGUGUUAUUUAUUAUUUUCCGUUACAGUUAAACCAGAUUUUCUUAUUUCAUUUUAAGAUAUAUUCUGUUUCUUUUAUAAUAGUUUUCAAUGUUGAACAAUACUUUAUUCAGCUUUGUAAAAACGGACUAAAAUAUACAUAAGUGGUUAUAAUUAACAGUUAUUAAUUUAUUAUUAUAUAAUGUAAUUAUAUUUUAUUUCUUUAACAUUAUCAAUUUUUAGGCACUUUAAUAUUGAGACUCAUAAGCUUAUGCUACGUUUCAUUUUUAAAUCAUAACUAAGCGGAGAUUAUAUCAGAAGUCUAAUCACAUUCAAAUCUGUAGAUUAACAAUACAUUUCCAUUGCCAAUAGUAUAAUUUUACUGCUUAGGCCUUUGAGAGAAAGAUAAUAUAUUUUUGUAAAUAAAACAAACUUUGUCUCGAUGCAAUUCAAACUGGAAUUAUAUUUGUUGUUCUCUUGAACUGAAUUGUGAGUUACUCGUGAUAGAUUUGUUUCUGUUACAUGUCACAGUAAUUCCUUCAUCUAUAGAUUUUAAAAUUUUAAAGAAAAAAAUAAUGAUGAAGAUUAUUUUUCUGUGUUUUUAGUUUACUUGUUCAGUAUAACAUUAUUUACAUUUUAUUUUAUAAAAAUUGUUAAAGAAAGGAAAAUACUACAGUAAAACGGAAUAGCAUGUUAAAAAUAUAGCUUUUGUAAAAUUGGCUUUCUUUAAUUUUCAAUUAUUGUUACAAAAUAAAAUGUUUUAAAAUAUGGGCAUAAAGCGGUUAUGUAAUAUCAUGUAUAUUAUGCGUAGUCUAUAUAUUGUUGGACUUGAUAUGUAUGAAGAGUUACACACUUGUAAAUAUCUUGUACAAAGUUCUGCCGAUUGCUUUAUUACGGUACAUGUUAUAGAUAUAUAAGUGCUGUCAGAUGGUAUGAACAGCUUGAAUCUGCUAUUAUAAAGUAAAUAAAUGUUUGAUAUACAA